AUGCGUGAAAUCGUUCAUAUACAGGCUGGUCAGUGUGGAAAUCAGAUUGGUGCUAAGUUCUGGGAAGUUAUAUCCGAUGAACAUGGAAUUGAUGCCACAGGAACAUACCACGGUGAUUCUGAUUUACAACUAGAAAGAAUUAAUGUCUAUUAUAAUGAAGCUGCAGGUGGUAAAUAUGUUCCUAGAGCACUUUUGGUUGAUCUGGAGCCUGGAACAAUGGACUCUGUACGUUCAGGUCCAUUUGGACUCUUGUUUCGACCAGAUAACUUCAUAUUUGGACAGAGUGGUGCAGGAAAUAAUUGGGCCAAAGGUCAUUACACAGAAGGUGCUGAAUUGGUAGAUAGUGUUAUGGAUGUUGUUCGUAAGGAAUCCGAAUCCUGUGAUUGCCUGCAAGGUUUCCAGCUCACUCAUUCUUUAGGUGGAGGAACUGGUUCUGGUAUGGGUACUUUACUCAUUUCCAAAAUCAGAGAAGAAUAUCCAGACCGCAUAAUGACUACAUUCUCUGUUGUUCCAUCUCCUAAGGUAUCUGAUACUGUGGUUGAACCUUAUAAUGCUACACUUUCAGUCCACCAAUUAGUAGAAAAUACAGAUGAAACAUUUUGCAUAGAUAAUGAAGCUUUAUAUGAUAUUUGUUUCCGAACUCUCAAAUUAACAUCUCCAUCAUAUGGUGAUCUGAAUCAUUUAGUAUCAGCAACAAUGUCUGGUGUCACAACAUGCUUAAGAUUCCCUGGUCAACUUAAUGCAGAUUUAAGAAAGUUAGCAGUUAACAUGGUUCCAUUCCCCAGACUUCAUUUCUUCAUGCCUGGUUUUGCACCCCUUACAUCAAGAGGAAGUCAACAAUAUCGUGCUCUAUCUGUUCCUGAACUAACACAACAGAUGUUUGAUGCUAAAAACAUGAUGGCAGCCUGUGAUCCUCGUCAUGGUAGAUAUCUUACAGUAGCUGCAAUGUUUAGGGGAAGAAUGAGUAUGAAAGAAGUUGAUGAACAGAUGCUCAACGUACAGAAUAAAAAUAGCAGUUAUUUUGUAGAAUGGAUCCCAAACAACGUUAAAAUUGCUGUUUGUGACAUUCCUCCACGUGGUCUGAAAAUGUCAGCCACAUUUAUAGGAAAUUCUACAGCCAUUCAGGAGAUUUUUAAAAGAAUUUCAGAGCAAUUUUCUGCCAUGUUUCGCAGAAAGGCUUUCCUUCACUGGUAUACUGGAGAAGGAAUGGAUGAAAUGGAAUUUACAGAAGCAGAAUCAAAUAUGAAUGAUCUUGUGUCAGAAUAUCAGCAAUAUCAAGAAGCAACAGCUGAUGAUGAAGCAGAAUUUGAUGUUGAUGAAGAACCAAAUUACGAGGGUUAAAAUAAUUACAGAUACUUCUGAUAUUUAUCUAAGAAAAAUGUUGGUUGUGAGAGGUAUUAAUGGUUAACUGUUAAAAUUAAAAAUGGAA